ACGCGACAUGCCGAUGAGCUCGAACAAGCGCCAUUCGAAGUGUUGUCUCCUGACAGCAUAAUUUGAGUGUUGCUGUUUUAUCAGUGAACUAGUGGGCCAUCAUUUCAACUGUACAUGCAACGUUAGCUAUCAAGGAAUGAACUGUUGGCAGCUACGUAUGUUUAAACUUCCGUCUCUGAGCCACUAGUCCAUUCAACAAUCUAACGUAGCGAAGCACCCCGGCGCUUUGCUACAUUAGCAUUAGAGAAUAGCUACGUUACGAUACACCGUUACGCUAGUUAACCAAUAUUGUUCGAGCGUUUUUUUUUGUCGGGUAGUGUUACCACCGGGUGUUUCUGACGGCGGUAUGAGUUAUGGACAUGGUGGUCGAGGAGGGAGAAGAGGCACAAGAGGAGGUCGAGGAUAUAGAGAUGGAAGCAGAGACCGACGGGACAGAGGAGGUGGAGUAGGUUCGAGUGGACAACGUUCCGAAUUGGACCAGGACCAAGGAGGAGGUGGACAACGGGACCGUCCUCCUCCUCACCUGAAGGGACGUGAGAUUGGCCUGUGGUACGCAAGAUACGGAGUCGUGAGGAGGAAGCAGGGUGACCGGAGAUCGCGGGCGGUCGUCCAGAUGGAUGAGUCCAGAGAACAGCAUAUUACCAAGCUGCUUAGCUCUGUCCAAAAUGAUUUCCCUGUUCCGGGGAGGGAUGCAAGAGCUUCUACGUCUAACAGCUGGCAGGCAGGUGCAAAUAGCAGUGGUCAUUGCUACUUCGAUGGGGAAAUGUCUGAAGAGGAAAAACUGAAGAUUGAGCUCAAAUCUGAGGAAGAGGAGGAAGAAGUUACUUCAGGCCAGAAGAAAGCAAGUCACAAAUCGCAACGUUACUUCUCCCCUGCAGUCGUUAAAGAUGAGCCUCCAGACACGUGGGAUGAAGAAGAUCAGCAUCAGCAGCAGCAGCAGCAGCAGCAGCAGGAGAAGGAGAAGGAGACACUGAGAAUGAAAGACAAGGACCUGGAGUUUUUAAUCCAGGAAAUAGCAAGAGACAGUUCACUUGAUGACCGCUUAAAGAGAGAUCUGCAGAGCAAGAAAUCAGAUCCAAAGUACAAAGAAAAUUUAAAAUUCAGAGAAAAACUACCAUCUUAUGCCAAACAAGAGGAGCUGGUUGAGCUAAUCAACUCAAACCGUGUCCUGGUGGUGAGUGGGGAAACAGGGUGUGGAAAGACCACUCAGGUUACCCAGUUCAUCCUCGAUGACUACAUCAAUAGAGGCGUGGGCUCUAUGUGUCGUGUGGUCUGCACGCAGCCUCGUCGCAUCAGUGCCAUCUCGGUAGCAGAGCGUGUAGCAGCAGAGAGGGCAGAAAGUGUAGGAAAUGGAAAUUCUUGUGGUUACCAAAUCCGCCUGCAGAGCCGGUUGCCACGGAGACAAGGUUCGGUUCUGUACUGUACAACAGGCAUUAUUCUUCAGUGGCUGCGUACAGACCCAUUAUUGUCCAGCAUCAGCCACCUGGUGUUGGACGAGAUCCACGAAAGGAACCUGCAAUCUGACGUUUUGCUCGUGAUUGUGAAGGACAUACUCGCCAUUCGAGAUGACCUCAAGAUCAUCCUCAUGAGUGCCACGCUCAACGCAGAGAAGUUUUCUAAAUAUUUUGACAACUGUGAAAUGAUUCACAUCCCUGGCUUGACAUUCCCAGUUGAGGAGUUCCUACUGGAGGACGUUGUGGAGUUAACCAGGUAUCGUUGCCAGAAUCUGGACCGUCGCCCCUCAAGGAAGAGAGGCUUUUGGCAGGGGAGCAACUCCAGGCCUGAGAAGGAGGCGAAAGAGGCUGAAUACAAGGAGAAUUGGCCCAGUUAUGCACGCACACUGCAGGGCAGAUACUCCGACAACACCAUUGAGACACUGGAGAUUGACAAUGACGAGAAGAUUGACCUGGAGCUGAUCGUGACACUGAUUCGCCAUAUUGUACUCAAGGAGGAGGAUGGAGCAAUCUUGGUGUUCCUUCCUGGCUGGGACAACAUCAGCGGUCUCAACGACCUGCUCGUGGCUCAGCAGAUGUUCCGAUCAGACCGGUUCGUUAUCAUCCCUUUGCACUCUCUCAUGCCCACCGUUAAUCAGACGCAGGUGUUCAAAAGGCCUCCUCCUGGAGUUAGAAAGAUUGUGAUUGCUACCAAUAUAGCUGAGACCAGCAUCACUAUAGAGGACGUUGUAUAUGUGAUAGAUGGAGGCAAGAUUAAGGAGACCAACUUUGACACCAGCAAUAACAUUAGCACCAUGACAGCGGAGUGGGUCAGCCUGGCCAAUGCCAAACAGAGGAAAGGACGUGCUGGCAGGUAUUGUGUCCCAGGAAAGUGCUAUCAUCUGUACAAUGGUCUCAGGGCCAGCCUGCUGGAUGCUUAUCAAUUACCUGAAAUCAUGAGGACACCACUGGAGGAGCUCUGCCUGCAAAUCAAGAUUUUGAAUCUUGGGUCUAUAGCUGCAUUCCUGGAGAAUCCCUGGACCCUCCCACUACAAAACGCCAUCAACCUAGCCAUCAAGAACCUUGUAGACCUGAACGCCCUGGACCGCUCAGAGAAUCUGACCGCGCUGGGUUUCCAUCUGGCUCGCCUCCCUGUGCAGCCUCACAUUGGCAAACUCAUUCUGUUUGGAGCUCUGUUGGGAUCCCUCGACCCCGUACUCACCAUUGCUGCAUCACUCAGCUUCAAAGACCCUUUCUUCAUACCCCUGGUAGGGUAAGAGAAGAUGGCAGACAUGAGGAGAAGGACCCUGUCCAGAAACUCCAAGAGUGACCACCUCACUAUUGUCAAUGCCUUCCAGGGCUGGGAGGAAGCAAAACACCGUGGCGCCAGGUAUGAAAGGGAGUACUGUUGGGACAACUUCCUGUCUGCCAAUACACUCCAGAUGCUGCACAAUAUGAAGGGUCAGUUUGCUGAGCAUCUAAUGCAUACAGUUGUCAGUAGCAGGGACCCCAAAGACCCCACAUCCAAUGUCAACUCAGACAAUGAGAAGUUGAUCAAAGCGGUGAUUGUAGCUGGUCUGUACCCGAAGGUGGCCACGAUCCGACCAUCUGGCAGCAAGAAGAGGCCUGGGGUUAAGGCGUACACCCAAGCUGAUGGAAAGGUGUGUAUCCACCCGAAAUCAGUCAAUGCGGAAGAGACUGACUUCAACUAUUCAUGGCUCAUCUACCACCUCAAAAUGAGAACAAGCAGUAUCUUCCUCUACGAUUGCACCGAGGUAUCCCCGUUCUCUCUGCUGUUCUUUGGAGGAGACAUAACAAUCCAGAAAGAUGAGGACCAGGAGACCAUCGCCGUGGACCAGUGGAUCGUCUUCAGAUCCCCGGCACGCAUAGCUCAUCUUGUCAAAAGCUUAAAGAAAGCGCUGGAUUCUCUGCUUGAGGAGAAGAUCCGUAAGCCUGCUCCCGUAGACUGGCAAAAUCGUCAGUCCAAAGACUGUGCCGUCAUCACAGCCAUCAUAGACCUCAUUACCACCCAGGAGAAACCUACAGGCGGCACUAGGGGCUAUGGCAACACGUGGGCAUCUGCCCCAAGAGGACAACACAAACACUUCAAUGACGAUGAUGACGAUUAGGUGUGGCUGGCUUUGAGGAGAAAUGACCCUUGGCCACAGAGGUUAGUUGGGAUAUUUAUGACAACCAGCUGGCCUCUCUGGUGGCGCUUCUGAAAGCCAGUAUGCAAUAGUACUGGAAAAUGUUGUACACUUGAAUGACUCGCAUUAUUUAGUUUUUUUGCCUUUUCUGUUAUUUAGCAAGGACCAAUCCAUGUUCUAAUCCACAAUCAGUACCCAUUUUAUUUGGUUUGAUCUUGCUCCUCUUUAAUGUCACUGCACAAUAAAGAAAGGAUCAAUACAUUAAAAAACGCCUGGCGUGGCUUCAUCUGCUUGACUAAGAUGAAUUGUAGGAAUUCAAAAACAAAGUGAUCACCAUUACUCUGAAAUAUUGCAGGCUUUAUUAUGGGAAACCAUAAUCUGUUCUAUGAUGGGAGAGCACCAUUUAUUCUGAGCUUUGAGCGAGCAAUUAUGAAAAUCACCUGGGUAGUAUUUGGAUACAAUCAACACCUGCAUAGAUAUCAUCGCACAAAUAUCUGAAAAAGUGCUGCUGGCCAAAGGAUUUAUGUACAAAUGGCUCAUUUAUUGUUCCAAACGUUACUGGAGUGAUCCUCAAAGUACAUUUCAUAUUGAUUAUUGAGAGUACAUGACAGGCCCCAGGCAAUU